AUGGCCACAUCAUCAGGAAACGCUGGCUGGGCCCAGCUACGCCAACAGGCACGAUCAUUAGAGAAUCAGACGGAGAGUCUGUUUCAUACCUACUCCCAAUUCUCUACUGCGUCUAAUAUUCCGGCCAAACCAACGCCCGAGGAGCGUGAUGUAGAAGCAAAGCUAGAAGAAGUGCUAGACAAGCGCGACAACGUCAUUGGCCAACUCGCUCGACUCCUGGAUUCGGAAGCAUCCCUUAACACAUCCGCGCUCAAGCAGAACAACUUAUCCCUGCUCCGAGAGAAACUUUCGUCUCACCGACGCGACCUCACCCGGCUCAGAUCCACUCUCCAGCAAGCCCGCAAUCGCGCCAAUCUCCUGACCAACGUCCAGUCUGACAUUGACGAGUAUCGGGCGAACAACCCGGAAGCUGCCGAGGCUGAUUAUAUGCUGGACGAACGCAAUCGCAUCGACCGAAGCCACGAUGUGACAGAUAGCGUCCUCAGCCAAGCGUAUGCCAUUAAUGACAGCUUUAUUGUACAAAGGGAGACUCUCGCCAGCAUCAACCGAAGGAUAACCAUGGCGGCGAGCAAGGUACCGGGCAUCAAUUCAAUAAUCGGACGUAUAACAUCGAGAAAGAGGAGAGAUGGGAUUAUCAUGGGGACAUUUAUUGCGCUGUGCUUCAUCGUCUUUUUCUGGCUGAGAUGA